AGCAUUCUGUAAUGUCGAUCGCCAACGGGAAACUCAUCUUCGAAAACGAUUUCAAGAUCAAAGCCGAGUUCGACAACAUCGAUGGCAACCACUAUGUGUUUGAAAUACAGCUUGCUGUCCCCAUCCCUCCCUUCGAGCCAGCCGAUGCCAUCUUGCGCUACAACAGUGAGAGCCAGCUCGAAGCCAUUCAGCAAGUCGAGGGUGUUUUGGGCGACCCUGUGUUUAAUCUGAAUACUUCGCAUGGUCUUGUCAUCGAAGGCGUGUUCAGCGAGCCUGGCCGGCCGACUACUGCUGUGGUUGGUGAGGGUUUCUGGAUCCAAGCGUGAAUGUGAUGAGAGCCAAGUGCAAUGUAUUGCAUUGUUAAUAUGAUAAAUAGAAACAUUUUUUGUAACGUACUAAACGCUACAUAAGUUGAUAAGGAAAUGGAAUCAAAGAAAUACGCUUGGAUUGUAUAAUAGUGUCGUCGUGCAUCUGCGGAAGUUGCAAAUCCUCAUGAUAAAUGGUGACACCAGCUACAGCACAACAAGUGGUUGAGUUAUUGACAGACGGACAGUAGCAGGUCGAGAGAAAGGGC